AUGAUGAACAUUGUGAUCAUAUGGCUCCAAAAAGAACUGAUAUGCUCAUACUCUGUUUCAAGGUACUCUCGUGCUCGAGAGGUUGAACAUAUGUUCUUAUCGACAGUGGCUGUAUUUUUCACGGAAGUUAUGAAAUGUGUUGUUUGUCUUGCUAUCAUUCUCAAGGAGGAGACACCUUCAAGGUUUCUUGGAGUUCUGAUGGAUCAGGUGGUGCGACAGCCGUACGAUACCUUGAAAGUAUGUGUGCCAGCGAUGGUAUACAUUGUACAGAAUAAUUUGUUCUAUAUUGCUGCAUCACAUCUGGAUGCUGCAACUUUUAUGAAACUAAAAAUUGAAUUGAAAGUGUGGCUCGUGGUGAUUUUCAAUUUUGAUAAAUGA